GUUCUCCAGUGCGGCCUCAUUCACCGACGUUGUCAUCCGGGUAGGCGGAUAACCCUCCUGCAAUCGGGAAAAGCGGCUGUCUCUGUCCCUGAAGCCAUGCGCAGCUUGAGAACCUGUAUCAGUUGGGUCCCCCGCGGGGUGGCCCAGGAAAACCCAGAGAAGGUGACUCUGAGUAGGCAAGAGUUGCAGCAAUUAAUCCUCAAUGCAAGAGAAGAACUUGAUGAUCAGGAGGAGGGGGAGGAACAGGCAGUGGAAAAGAAUGAGGCGGAGCCGUUGGAUGGAACAGACAAUCCCGUGAUUGUCUCCAGUGAUUCCAAGACCCUGGAGGAGGGAGAACAGGAGGAAGACAACGACAGCCUGGCAGAAUAUGACCUCGAUAGAUAUGAUGAGGAAGAGGGUGGCGUGAAUCUUGGUGAUAGUUUGGGAGGACUCAUGGUUUAUGCUAGCAAUGAAGAGGACCCGUACAUCACUCUUAAAACUACAGACCAAUAUGAAGAUGAAGAUUUCAAAAUCAAGCCCACUGAUAAUCUGAUAGUUGUGGGGAAGGCCGACAAGGAUUGCUGCAGCCUUGAGAUAUACGUUCAUAACCGAGAGGAGCAAUCUCUCUACGUCCAUCAUGACUUGCUGCUGCCUGCUUACCCGCUGUGUGUUGAAUGGAUCAACUUUGAUCCAAAUCCAGAAAAACUAACAGGGAAUUAUGCUGCAGUGGGUAACAUGACUCCUGUGAUUGAUGUGUGGAACCUGGAUGUGGUCGAUUGUCUGGAACCCGCCUUCAGCCUGGGGGACAAGACAGCAAAGAAAAAGAAGCAACCCAGAAAGGGUGCUGCAAGUGCGGAGAAAGGAGAGGAGGGACACACUGAUACCGUUCUUGACGUUUCCUGGAACAGACAGAUCAGGACUGUUCUGGCCAGUGCAUCUGCUGACAAGUCAGUGAUUCUAUGGGAUAUGUUGCAAAAGAAACCUGUGACGACCCUCGCUUCACAUACGGACAAGGUACAGACUCUCUGCUGGCAUCCAUUUGAAGCACAGACACUUCUCUCUGGAUCAUUUGAUAAGUCAGUUAUACUUUACGACUGCCGGAGUCCAAAGGAAAACAGCCGCAGCUGGAGGUUCAGUGGGGAAGUCGAGCGAGUGACGUGGAAUCAUUUUUCACCAUGUAACUUCCUGGCCAGCACGGAGGAUGGUUUUGUGUAUUGUUUGGAUGCUCGAUCGGAGAAACCACUUUUCACACUCAAAGCUCAUGAUGGAGAGAUAACAGGUUUAGAACUCAGUAGCCAAGUCCAAGGCUGCCUGGUAACAUCAUCAUCUGAUAAACAUGUGAAGAUUUGGGAUAUUUUGGGAAAUAAACCCAGCUUGGUGCAUUCCAGAGAUAUGAAAAUGGGCAUUGUGUUCUGUGCAGCUUGUUGUCCAGACUCGCCAUUUAUCUACUCUUUUGGGGGACAGAAGGGAGGCCUACGCAUGUGGGACAUCAGCGCAGUCUCUGCAGUGAACACGGCAUUUGGAUCUCGUGAAAAAUUGCAGGUAACUGCGCCCUGGAAUUCAUCAGUUACUGACUCUGUGACAAGCAGCACAACAGAGGAUACAAUGGAAUCCUAGUCUGAACGACACAGACACUUCCAGCAUCAGCAGAUAGCUACUCGCAACUUUUCAAUUCCUCUUGUUAAGUUGUAGAUGGCUGCAGAGGAAAGACAAUACUGACUGAUAUUUUUUUUAAAUCUUGUUACAUUAUAUAAAAUUACUGAGCAGGUAUCCUGCCUCAUAUAAUGCUCUAUUAUUUGUGAAAUAAAGUUAGAUGUGCUUA